CCGGCGGGCACUCGGCGCGGCAGCGAGCUCCCGCGGCGUCUCGCGCAGAUCCGACGCGCGCGCCUACGCUCGUCGGGAGACCCAGGGACUACUGCUGCGGCUGUGGUGGGCUCCGGUGCCUUCUCGAGUGUGGGCGGGGCGGAAUUCGGAGAGGACGAGCUGGGGCCGUGAGAGUCGGGCGGGCCGCGGGCGCGCUCACCGCGAGCGCUUGGAGCCAACCCACCCACGGGCGUCACGUUGUAGCGGCACGCCGCCGACGCCAUGAUCGAGCAGUUCGUCAAUUUCGUCAUCCGGCCGCCUCGGUCAGAGUAUAAUCCAGAUCAGUACUUAUGGGAGAGAGAGUUUAUGCUCGCAGGGCGAAGGUAUAAACGAAUAGACUUGGAGCUCACAAAUGCAAGGGGCCAUACCUUAAAAUGCAGCCACUAUCUUCCUGCUUUCGUUCCAGAAAAUAUUGCCCUCCCGUGUGUGAUCUACUGCCAUGGAAAUAGCGGAUGCAGAGCAGACGCAAAUGAAGCCGCUGUAGCACUUCUUCCUUCAAACAUCACAGUUUUCACACUAGACUUUUCUGGUUCAGGUCUAUCAGACGGAGAUUAUGUCAGCCUUGGUUGGCAUGAGAAAGAGGACCUCAAAUGUGCAGUAUCAUUCCUGCGCACCAACAAGCAAGUUUCCCGUAUAGGCCUUUGGGGGCGAUCGAUGGGUGCUGUUACAAGCCUACUAUAUGGAGCAGAAGAUCCCUCAAUUGCUGGCAUGGUUUUGGAUAGUGCUUUCACCAACUUGUAUGGCUUGAUGAUGGAACUUGUGGAUGUUUACAAAAUCCGAGUUCCUAAAUUCACGGUUAAGAUGGCUGUACAGUACAUGCGACGAACCAUUCAGAAAAGAGCAAAAUUUGACAUAAUGGACCUUAAUGUCGUAAAGCUUGCUCCCAAGACAUUUAUUCCUGCAUUAUUUGGACAUGGUCUGAAUGACAUGUUUAUUCAGCCUCACCACUGUGAUCAUAUUCACGAAGCAUAUGGGGGGGAUAAGAGUAUGGUAAAAUUUGAGGGUGACCAUAAUUCCCCAAGACCUCAAUCAUACUAUGAUUCGGUUUCGAUAUUUUUUUACAAUACUCUGCACCCUCCCCAGUUGCCUGCAUCACGCUCAAAUAAGCUGCAUGUAGGUGCUUUAAAAGUUGGUACCAUGACCAAUGAGAGUUUGUUCUUUGAUAUCAUCAAUGGUCUGAGGGCAGUUAGAACCGAUGCAGGCAGUUCAUCAACAGAUGCACAUGGCUUUCGAAAUGCUACAACUUCGGUGGUCGAAUUACUAUCGGAGAGCGCGAAUCAGUUGUCCAUUAAGAAUGACAGUGACUUGGAUUUCCUCUUAGAUGAGAAUCAUAACCUAUCUGGUGCGGAUGGUGAUAGUGUUGGACUGCGUUUGCCGGAUAAAACCAGUAGGCACAACGAGGAGUCCUGCUCAUACACAAGCUCAAACAGAGAAAGUUGGGGCAGAUGUUCAUCGUUAGGUGCGACGAGUGAUGGAUCAUUCUCACGCGGCAUUGGUGACAAGCAUGAGAACAUGACGGUAAAUGCUCUGGCCACGCCGCGGAGACACGAACAGAGGAAACUAGCCAAAUCGUCGCCCCCGAAAACGAAGGAGAAGAAGAUCCAUGCCCUGUGGAAGAAGCUCAAGCGCGAGAGGGAGGAGAUGGGGGACAGCCUCUCCCAGCGCCUGAGGAUGUGCCUCGGGCAGUCUCCUCGUCACAGGCGAACCCAAUCGUCAUCUGGACAUCCACUAUAGCUGACACUAAGCACUGAUCCCGGUUCCGACUGACGUGAAGAUCCUGACGAAGACCCACGGAGCUGUAACUAACGCCUAGGUGAUUACGUAUGUAAUUUAUAGUGCCACGGUCGUGUGAUCCGGCCGCACGGGAGGGCUGUGCGCAUUGGGCGAGCACGCCCAUGGAUCAUUGCCGUCGUCUCUGGGUGGCCAGAUGUUGCCGUGGAUGUUGUAAGUUGCGAUGCCUGUUUGGCGAAAUGAAAGGGCGCAUUGUUUUCCACGGUCA